GUUCAGGUACUGCUACCCCCAUCAGCAAUAUCGUUUUGAGAAUAACUUCCGGAAUUUUAUGUUAAUCACACGCCUCCGUAUAAUCACGUGACAAGGCUCCUACGGAAAGGGGAUUCCAAGCUGCUUUAGAUUUAGUCCGUGACGUAACUCGGACGGGUAAAUCUCGCGAGGCUACGACUAAGAACGAACUGUAAAAAGCGGUGCCUACAGUGAGGGCCUAAUUUCUAGUGGGAGCUCGCCAUGUCCGGCCCCGUGGUACGAGCAAUGUCCCCCAGAGAAGAGGGAGAACUGGAGGACGGAGAAAUAAGUGAUGACAGCGUUAGACCUGACAGCCCUGUACAUGUCAGGCACAGACCGAGCACUCUCGCCUAUUCUCACCAGCACCGUCCCCGCCCGCAGAGGCUGCCCCACGGCUACAGGCCCAAGGAGCAAUACCGGCCCCCGCUCCGAGUUCAACAGCAGCAGCAAGCAGACAGCAACCAGAGGCUUUCCUUUUGGGAACGCAGCCACGAUACAUUGGGUCGCUUCCGCUCUCGGGGCUGGGCAGGUCGUGCCCGAGGUGGACGGUUCUGGGAUCGGGGCUGGAGAGACAGAGUGGCGAAACCUAGUGGGCAAAGGCCAAGUAGCAGUUCUAGCUGGGGAGAUCCGUCUCCGAGAAAGUCUAAAAAUACUAUAAGAUCACCUAAUAGGAAAACUGGUCAUAUAUCCAGAAAUGAGAACUCUGAAGAAGAAAGUUUUGAAGAUCUCUUAUUAAAAUACAAACAGAUAAAACUUGAGCUUGAAUCAAUUAACAAAGAUGAGAAACUAGCUCUGAGUUUAAAAGAAGAAAUUGUUACCGGUGAAGAUAAUGCGGUUGAAAACACUGUGGAGCCUCUUGUGCAAUUAGAGAAAAAUACUGCUGAGAAUUCUGAAGCCAUAGCUCCUAAAGAUAAGCCCCCAGUGAAGACUUUUCAGGCCUUUGAAAUUAAACCUCUUAGACAGAAACUGAAACUGGUUACAGAGCAAAAGAAACAAAAAGUUGUUGAAGAAACAGUUGAGUCUGGAAUCACGAAUGAUAUCACUAGACCCAGUCAAGAUUCUUCUGCCGUAGAACUAACACUUUCCUGUGAUAGCAAGAUUUCAAAAGAACCAAAGAAACCUGUGGAGGAGGAGGAAGAGUUAUCAGAGCUACAUUUGCGAUUACUUGCUUUACAGUCUGCAAGUAAAAAAUGGCAACAGAAAGAACAACUCGUUAUGAAGGAAAGCAAGGAGAAGCUUACAAAGUCUAAAAUAGAAAUUCAAAAAGAUAAGAAUGUACCAAAUUCUUUAACAAAGAAAAUUAAUAGUCCAGGUUAUGCAGCUAAACAGGAGAUUCGAAGGCAGAGGACAAAAGCAUGGAAAAAGUUGCAGCAACAGAAGGAUGAAGAGCGACGCAAAGUGGAGGAGGAGGAAAGAAAAAAACAAGCUGAGGAGGAGGAACGUAAAAAGAGAGAAGAAGAAAUUCGAAAGAUUAGAGAUUUGUCAAAUCAAGAAGAACAAUAUAAUCGUUUCAUGAAGCUUGUGGGAGACAAAGCCCGACGUAGCAAAUCUUUAGAUGCAGAUCAAAGGCGACCUGAAAAGCAGUGUGCAGAGAGUGCCGGAGGAAUCUAUCAGUAUGAUAACUAUGAGGAAGUUGCAAUGGACACAGAUAGCGAACCAAAUUCUCCAGACUCAUCACCUGGACGACUUCCAUAUGAUAGUGAUCAUGUUAUUGGAUCUGUCCCAUCAGUAUUGUGUAUAACCGAACAAUUUCCUUCUGGAAUAUUGCCUUAUGAGUCAAAAAGCAUAUUUCAGGAAGGUGCAAUUUUCAGUGGGUCUUCUGAAAUUUCUGUGCCACCACCUCCACUCCCACCAGAAGAACCUGAGCAGCCCCCAAAACCUCCUUUUGCAGAUGAAGAGGAGGAGGAAGAGAUGCUGCUACGCGAGGAACUGCUAAAGUCUUUAGCAACUAAAAGGGCUUACAGACCAGAGGAGCCUACUAGCAACAGCCACCCUUCCUCACCACCUAUUCUUAACAAUAUUAUGCCUGUGCCAAGGAUUACACUAACAUCGACUAGUAUUAACAGUGCCUCUCAUCGUAAAUCAACUACUCAAAUAGUCAGAGUUCUCAGACCUAUUAGACGUGCAAUAAAGCUUCCAAAACAUAAGUCAGUAGUUGUGACACUAAAUGCUUCAGAUGACAGUGAAUCUGAUGGGGAACCAUUUGACACAAGUCGGAGUGUUUUUGGAGGACUUGAGUCCAUGAUCAAAGAGGCAAGAAGAACAGCAGAGGCUUCCAUGCCAAAAACACAAUCAAAAUCUGAAAAAGAAAACGAUCCCAUGAGGACACCAGAUGCACUACCUGAUGAUAAAAAGAUUGAAUACAGACUACUAAAAGAAGAGAUCGCCAGUCGAGAGAAGCAGAAACUCUUAAAAUGUGACCAGUCCAAAGGGUCUUCAUCUCCAACUAACUCUGACAUGGAAACAGAAGGAAGUAAAAAAACAGUAGUUAAUCCAAAGAUUUUGGAAGCUGAAACAAAACAUAGGCGACACAUGGUUCUGUUACUGAAAGAUGAGUCUGUCCUUAAACAUCUCUUGCAGCAAGAGGUAAAGAAAAAAGAAUCUAUCAAAACAGCAGAGCUUAAGAUUACCAGACUUACUGAGCAGAUGCAAGUAACGGAAAAGGUCCUUAAUGCAAAUCGAACGUUUCUUAAGAAACUUCAAGAGCAGAUUACCAGAGUGCAGCUUAGAGUUCAGGAAAAGAAGGCCCUUGCAUUGAAAUAUAGUGAGGAGCUUGCUCGCACAAAGGCUCUGGUUAGCCAGGAAAUGGGAAAGCGAAAACUGGAGCAGAAAACAACUGGCGCAAAUAAAAUCUUCAAACAUGAUAAUCUAGCAGCCAGUCCUGUUAGGCAGUCUGCUGAGGCAAUUGCUAAAGAAAAGAAGCGCUUGCAGCUACUGGAGCAGGAAUAUGCCCUCAAGAUUCAAAAACUGAAAGAAAUGCAGGCCAAGAAAUUCAAAGAGCAGGCCGUUCACCACCAGCCUGUGAUAGACGAAGCACCUGAAUUUGUUCUUCCACAGCCUUCGCUCCUUGACCUUUCACAGGACAAAAUAACCCUUGAUGCUGAGGAGAAUGAUGCCGAAGAUGAAGAGUUGGCUGUGUGUGUUAAGGAGAGGAGAAGGUCAUUUAGAGACAACUCUAUUACAAAACCAAAUCUGAAGCACACUGAUCAUACUCCCAAUAAGGACACAUCUAAUAAGCCUUCCAAAAUGACUGCAGAAAGUUCAGAACUUUUCUUAGGAUUCAAAGUUGAGGAUCUGAAAAACCUUUACUCCAGCUCCCAUAACUUGGAAGAACUGCUUUUGCAAUCGAGUGAACUAAUUUUGCCUCAGGACAAAUGUGCCUCAGGGAAGGAAAUACCUGUGGAUGUGGAUAUAUUUUCUGCAAAGCAGACAGACACUAGGCCAUUGCCAUUUGGACAAUAUAAAAGUCCCCUUCUCGUGUUUAAAUCCUACAGAUUUAGUCCAUAUUUUCGAACAAAAGAGAAGCUGCUUCUGAGCUCUGUAUCCUACAGCAAUAUGAUUGAGCCCAAAAACUUUUUUUGCCGUUUUGAUCUUACUGGCACAUGUAAUGAUGACGAUUGUCAAUGGCAACAUAUGCGGGAUUGUACACUCAGCAGGAAGCAACUUUUUCAGGAUAUCCUCUCGUAUAACCUAGACCUGAUUGGGUGCUCUGAGAAGAGCACAGAUGAAGAAAUUGACAUUGCUACCGAGAAAUAUGUUGACAAAGUUUUUGGUGUUAAUCGGGAUCGAAUGUCAAUGGACCAGAUGUCUGUUUUGCUUGUCAGUUAUGUCAACGAAAGCACCAAGCACAUGCCACCUCAUACCACCUAUAAAGAGAAAAGAAAAUGGAGGCCAAUGUACUGGAGAAAACCCAUUUCCGACAGUAGCAGCAGCGAUGAGGAGGAUAACUUAAAAACCGAUAGUACUGCACGUUCAUCAAAUUUCAAAGGUAGCGUGCCCACAGAAGAUGCUGUUGUCACUCCAGAUGAUGUCAGGUAUUUCACUAAUGAGACCGAUAACAUUUUUAACCUGGAAGCAAGCGUGCUUGAAAAUCCUCAGGAUAUCCAGCUUUGGAUCAAGCUGGCAUACAAAUGCUUGCACCAGAGUGAAAGCACUUCUUCAGAGUGUUUAGACUCAUCAUUGAAUGUGCUAUCCCGUGGACUAGAACAUAACAGAGAAAAUUCAGAGAUCUGGUGUCAUUACCUUAAACUGUUUUCUAAAAGGAGUUCUAGAGAAGAAGUGCAAGAGAUGUGUGAAACUGCUGUUGAGUAUGCUUCAUCAUAUGACAUUUGGUGGACUUAUUUAAGUUUGGAAAAUACCUUUGAUGGAAAGGAUUCUGUAUGUAGCAGAACACUGCAGUACCUGAUGAACAGGGUAGAGGAGGAAAAAAAGUCAGACCUGCUGUCUUUGCAGCUUUUAGAAACAUUGCUCUAUCGGGUUCAUCUAAGUCUGAUCACAGGAAGGCUGCAAAAUGCUCUUGCUCUUUUUCAGAAUGCUUUAAAGUGUCCUAACAAGAAGAGUAUAGCAGAUCACCUUACCCUGCAGGAUCGCUGCUUGGCAUGGCUUUCUUACAUUCACCUUAUGGAGUUCAGUAGUCUACCUGCUAAAUUCUAUGAACCAACACAUACAAACCCUUCAAGAAUAGUUAACAAGGAACCAUUUUUAAUACCUUGGCUGAAUUCCCAAAGUGUGACGACUGAUCCUGCCAUGCUGCUUGCUGUUUUUGAAGCUGCCGUGUCAUCUUGCUGUGAUGAAAACUUGACAGCCGCUGAAGGAAUAGAAAUUUGUCUACCUCUUUAUAAGAAUAUGAUUAUGUUAUAUCUUCUGCUCAGCAGGCAUGAUGAAGCAGUUGAGCUAUGUAUGCAGCUUCUGCAGUCUUCUAUGGGUAACACUGACAUAUUGGAAGCUUUAUGCACUGUGUACUUGAAGAUGGCACAAGUUGAGAAAGCUAUGGAUGUUUGGAUCACUGCAUUCAAAAAUAACAAACAGAAUCCUAAGGUUUUCUACUAUACCUGCAAGUUCCUAGUUUCACAUAAUCACCUACAACAUAUGCCCUCCAUCAUGAAAGAUUUUGUUUUGUCAUUCUUUGAUACCUUUGAUGAGGAACAUAACCCUACAUACCUCCUGAGGUACCUCCUAAAUUUUUCACUUCCUCUAAAUUUCAAAGCUCCAGUAGUAAAGGCAUCUUUUAAUGGUUCAGCACUGCAAAUUCCAUACAUCUGGCUUGUAUUUUGUUUAUGGCAGUCUGUUCACUCGAGCACUGCAGAGACUAUAGAGGCUUAUGAGGCAGCACUGGGAGCUGUAAUGCAACAGGAGGUGCUCCAGAAUCUUUGGAUGGAUUAUCUUAUUUUUACUAACAGAAAAAUUAUGGAAGCCAAAAAUAAGGUUCAAGAAGCUAAACAUUUUUCGGAUUUAGUUAACAGAUGUCUGAUGACUGUUCCUACAAGGCAUCUCAUUCCUUUUAGCACAUCAGAUUACUGGACCAGCUAUGAGUUCCAUAAUUCGGUUAUUUGCUUUUACUUGAGUUGUAUCCCAAAGGCGCAGCAUUCAAAAAUUUUGGAUCAACUUUUAACCAUGAUGCCUACAAAUCUUGGACUUGCUCUCAGGGUACUAAAACAAGAAUUGGAGGAGAACAAUAAUGAGAAUGUGAAAAUGCAAUCCAAGAUGUUUACAUAUAAUUUCCCAAUGUGCCUGCCCAUCUGGAAAAUAGCCAUUGCUGUGGAAACUUUUCUAAAAGAACCCAAAGAGGUCCACCAUCUCUAUCAAAGAGCCCUGCAGAAGAUGCCUCUAUGUGCUGCCCUAUGGAAAGAUCAACUCUUGUUUGAAGCAUCAGGAGGAGGUAAAACAGAUAACCUGAGAAAACUAGUUUCCAAGUGCCAAGAGGUUGGAGUCAGCCUAGAUGAGCUCUUAAAUAUAAACACAGAAAGCAGGAGUCGCUGAACAAUGUGCAGUCAGGCCAAAGUCUUAUUUUUAAAUGCCAGAUUGAUAAGGAUUAGCAUCCCAAGUGUUUGCAAGGCAGUACUGCCACGGCUCAAGGGUGUUAUGGUAACCCAGAAUAUAGAUACUGCCAUGUUCAAACUGGAGAAAUGAAUUCGGCCUGCUUCUGGGCCCAACAAGAUUCUUUGCAUCAUAUACGUAAGUAUAGUUCAUCAGUGACUGCUGUUUUAUUGUUUCUGUCUGUGUUUAUUCUCCUCCCUACCCCAUCCAUUUAUUUUGAAAAAACCCCUUUUGUUGUGCUGUUCCUAACUUGCUUGACUCUCUCUCACUGAUGCCUGUGAGACCCCUGUGUCUGGUGUAAAUUACAGAGCCUGCUGUUUACACUACAAGAGCAAUCAGUCUCUCAUUCAAAAUGAUUCAGAAUUUGGUCAGUUCACAUUUUAAAAACAACAAGGGCGGGAUAUUAAACAUACAUUACUAUCAUUGUAGAUAAAGUAAAGAGCAGCAGGUCGGAAGCGAAACCUCUCUGCUAAGGCCGUCCGUCUGCUAAUUGCACUUGAGGGUUGUUUUUUUCCCCAUCCCUAUUUAUUUUAUUUUGUUUCACAUUUCUACAUUUUGGACUCAGCUGAGACUGUUAAACUUGAAGAUAUUGCAAAUGCUAGUGCAUCAGAACUGAAGAGUGGUCAAUUACAAUGUGCAAUUAUUUUCUUUGUCAAGUUUAAUUUAUAAUAAAGUUUAACAGUUUAAAGUACAGUAUAUAAUGAAAAUGUUUUGUAUUAUAAUACUACCGUGUGUAGUAUUAAAACUGUUUAUACAAUAUUUUAAAUAUAACUA